AUGACUCUGGAUGUCUUGUGCAUGACUGAUCUCCCUGCUGGCUCCGCCUUCACGCUGGACGACGUACCCAACUCGCAGAUUGUGAUUCUCGACGAUCAUGAAGAGGGACCAUAUUGGGAUCUUUGGACGGUCUAUGCCGGUAAAUUUAUCAAGCGGCUGGGUGCGCUAUCCGCAGACGAGAUGGCUAGCAGCAGCGUGGUAAUACCGCUAGCUGGCGGCAGCAAUCCCCUCUGGCAGGCCGACUGGGAGCCAGUUGCCUGUACUUCCUCCCCGCUACUCUCUACGCUCACCUCUCGUGUAUUGACCUUCUACAAUAUCUCCACCUCGCCACUGCCGGACGACCGUCCUCUGACCCUCACGUUCAUCGACAGGAAGGAGACACGCCGUCUCCUGAACCGGACUGCUCUACUUUCCUCGCUGGAAGCCAAACACCCAGAGCUCAACAUUAGUGUAGUAGACUUCGCCAACACCACAUUCGCCGAGCAACUUCAAAUAGCCCGGGAAACCGACAUCCUACUCGGCGUGCACGGAUCGGGUCUGACCCACUCCCUUUUCCUCCCUACCGGCUCCGCCGUUGUGGAAAUCCUGCCUUACAGCGUCACCCGCCAACGCUUCCACAACCUCGCCAAAAUGAUGGGACACCGACACUUCGCUGCGCAUGCUGACGGGCAACUCCGAGAAGGCGGCACUGGAGACUGGCAGAAAGACGAUGUCUCCAUCUCACCAGAUCGGUUCUUAAGUCUCAUUGACGAAGCAGUGAAGAGUAUGGAGGACAGAGGCACCCUCAAAGACGUCACAUGA